ACAAAUGCUUGAGUUUUGCCUUGAGUGGCUGCUGUGCAAAGGAGAGCUCUUGUCUCAUCAGGCCUAUGUGUUUUUAGGUGCCAUUGCCAUACAACAGCGCAGUCUCUCCCUCCCCACGCCUAAAGAUGAGGACCUGGCUCACUCUGCUUGUGGUCACCCUCCCCAUUAUCAGAGCUGCUUGCCCAGACAAAGAAGUAGGUCUCCAGCGAUGGACUCCUGGUCACAAUGAAGCCCAUCACUCUGUCAUCGGUCAUGGCCGCAAGGUCAUCCUCACCUCCUCAGCCACCGUCUACUCUAUUGAGAUCAAGGAUGGCGGAAAGCUCAUUAUUGCAGACACCAGCUGCCCCAUUGUUUUGCGGACCAAACACAUUCUUUUUUGGAACAACGGAGAGCUUCACAUCGGCAGCCCCGACUGCCGCUACAAAGGCAGCUUCACCAUAUCCCUAUAUGGGAGAGCUGAUGACAAUGACACAGAGCACAGCUACUUUGGACGUAAGUACAUCGGAGUGGGUACAGGGGGGACUCUGGAGAUCCAUGGGGAGAAGAAGCUGACCUGGACCUUCCUGAACAAAACCCUGUACCCCGGAGAGGACAGCCAGGACAGCUACCAUUUCGAGAGGGGCUGGGGAAACAGGGGAAUCAUCAUCCAUGCCAUUAGCCCCAAGACAGGGGAGGUGCGCCACUAUGAGAGGUUCGAUACUUACAGGAGCAAGGACGAAAGCCGACGGCUAGCCCAGUACAUGGAGUCAGUGGAAGACGGUGUGGUCCUGGCCAUGGUGGUGAAUGAUGAGGGGUCCAACAACCUGGAGGAUACAGCCAGGAAAGCCCUCCUCAAGAUGGGUAGCUGGAAAUUCCACCACCUUGGCUUCCGACACCCCUGGAGUUUCAUCACAGUGAAGGGGAAUUCUUCACUGUCCGUGGAGGACCAUGCUGUUUACCAACGAACCAAGGUGUCAUCAGAGGCAAAGACCUCCCAUGUUUUCCACAUGGCAGAUGGAGACCAGUUCACAGUCACUGCUCUCAGCUGGUGGGUGCAAGAGGUAGAGUGGACCGAGUGGUUUGACCGGGAUGAUGAACGUGGUUCAGGGGACUGGGAGAAGCUGGCUGACCUCCACAAGGCCUUCCCAGAUCGCACGUGCAUCAGCCCCCUGGGCAUCCAGGCAGAGACCCAUGAUGGAGUGCCAUCAAAUGAGACUGGCGAGUUUUUCCAGAAGAAUGACAAGGAUUAUGGCUUUGUUUGUCUGAAUAAAGAUCAGCCAGAUGGAGUCUGCCACAACUACAGAGUGAGGUUCCUCUGUGGGAAACUGGUCAGGCCCCAUGCAUCAGUUACUAUACAGACACGCUCCAACAGCAGCAUCCUUCAGCUGGAGGAUGAUGCGCAGAGCUGGCGGCCUGGGGACAAGGUGGUGGUGGCCAGCACUGACUUCUCCAUGCACCAGGCAGAGGAAUUUCAAAUCUUACCCUGCCCCUCCUGUGCCGCCAACCAGUAUUCAGUCACAGGGAAGCCGGCCAAUAUUCACAUGGGACACAAGGUGGAUGGGGUGGACAUGAGAGCAGAGGUGGGGCUCCUGACCAGGAAUGUCCUCAUUCAGGGGGAAAUGGAGCACCACUGCUAUGCCAGUGAGGCCUGCAAGUUCUUCAACUUCGACACAUUCAGAGGACACUUACAGGUGGAGCGUGGGUUCAAGGCCUUGCACUUGCAGGGGGUAGAGCUGAUGCACAUGGGGCAGCAGUCUAUGGGCCACUAUCCUGUGCACUUCCACAUGAAUGGAGAUGUAGAUCAGAGAGGGGGCUACGACCCUCCCACCUACAUUCAGGAGCUGACCAUCCACCACACCUUCUCCCGCUGCGUGACAGUGCAUGCCUCCAACGGCUUGCUGGUGAAAGACAUGGUUGGCUACGAUGCCCUGGGCCAUUGCUUCUUCCUGGAGGAUGGGCUGGAGGAGCGGAACACAUUUGAGCACUGUCUGGGCCUGCUAGUCCGGGCCGGCACCCCGCUGCCCUCCGACAGGGACAGCAAGAUGUGCCAGGACAUCACCAACGGUGCCUACCCCGGCUACGUGGCCAACCCCAGGCAGGACUUCAGCGCUACAUCCACUUUUUGGAUGGCUAACCCCAACAACAACCUGGUGAACUGUGCAGCAGCAGGCUCAGAGGAAACAGGAUUCUGGUUCAUCUUCCAUCAUGUUCCCACGGGCCCAUCACAGGGCAUGUACUCGCCUGGCCAGACAGAGCACAUGCCAAUGGGCCUUUUCAGCAACAACCGGGCCCACUCCAACUACAGGGUAAGACAGGAACCACAUUCCCCCAAUUUCUCAAUUUGAGGCAUGCAGAUCUACGAUGGACCAAUUAAUAUCCAGAACUGCACCUUCCGCAAAUACAUUGCUCUGGAUGGACGGCGCACGAGCGCUUUUGGUUUCUGCCUCAACAACUUGUGGCAGAGUUGUCCCAACAACAAUGUCACUAACAUCAUGUUUGAUGAUGUCCCUAUUACCUCCAGGGUAUUCUUUGGGGAGCCAGGACCCUGGUUCAAUAAGAUGCAGAUGGACGGCGACAAGACAACCAUCUUCCACGAUGUGGAUGGCUCGGUCAGCAAGUACCUGGGCACCUUCCUGGUGAAGGACGACAACUGGCUGCUGCGUCACCCUUACUGCAUUGACAUGCCCGACUGGCGGGCAGCCAUCUGCAGCGGGCACUAUGCCCAGGUGUACAUUCAGACACAAGACCCGGCAAACCUGAACAUGAGGAUGGUCAAGGAUGAGUAUCCAGAACAGCCCCUUGACCUGCAGGGGGCACUGGGGAAGUGGAACCACUACCAGCAGUUCCAGCCGGUGGUGAUGCUGGCCAAAGGCUACACUGUGCACAGGGACAGAGCUGCUCCUGCUGAAGUGGUGAUAUGGCUCAUCAACUUCAACAGGUCACCAGGGGUUCUGGUUCCUGUUAUCUUCCCUCACAUGUACUCUGUCUUCCAGGGAACCAAUGAGAGGGAGAAGGUAGAGCACACACACCUGUCCCGUGGAAACUACUACUGGGAGGAAGACACGGGGCUCCUCUUCUUGAAGGCCAGAGCACACAACGAGAGGGAGAUGUUUGCAUUCUGCUCGGUGAAAGGCUGUGAGAGGAUUAAAAUCAAAGCUGUGAUCCCAGCAGGCAGCGGGCCUAGCAAUUGCAUGGGCCAGGCCUACCUCAGAUAUUCUGAGAUGCCUGUGGUAGACGUGCCCAUGCCAACCAAGCUUGCAUCCUCCAGACUGAGUCCCCACACUAAACUCUCCUCUUUCAUGCUUCAUUCUCAUGAUCACACCACAGAGCACUUUGUGGAGAUCAAGCUGGAGUCCUACUACACCCGCUUCUUCCACAUCAAAGAGGACUUUGCAUACACAGAGGUGAAUGGACAGAAGAUAUACCAGGCUGAUGACGGUAUGCAGCUGACAGUGAUUGAUGGGCACAGUGGCAAAAUGCUGAAUAGCCAGGCCUUCAGGAACACUGUCCUGCUCGGCAUCCCAGCUCAGAUCGAGGGCUACGUUACCAGCCUCCAGGAUGAGUGCAUCGUGAUGGUGACCUCAAAAGGGCGGCUUGUCACCAGGGGACCAUGGAGAAAAAUCCUUGAGCGGCUUGGAGCAGACAAGAGCAUCAGAUUGAAAGACAAGCUGGCAUUUGUGGGAUUCAAAGGAAGCUUCCAGCCGGAGUGGGUGAAGCUGGUGGCUGAUGAGGAGCAUGCCAAAAUUCACCAGGUCCUGCCACUCCCUGUGGUCAAGAAGAGGAAGUUAUGA